AGACGUCACUUCCGCUUCUUCCGCGGCGUGGGGAGCGAACAGGAGAGAGCGAGAGAGAAAGGGAUCGCCAGAGAAGGGGAGAAAGAGCUGCACGCGCGCCCAGUAGAACAAUGCCUAAAUCAAAAGAACUUGUGUCUUCGAGCUCAUCUGCCAGUGAUUCAGACAGUGAAGUCGAUAAAAAGGCAAAGAGGAAAAAACAGGCACCCCCUGAAAAGCCUGUAAAGAAACAGAAGACCGGUGAAAGCUCCAAAGGUGCAGCCUCUUCCAAACAAAGUAGUAACAGAGAUGAGAACAUGUUUCAGAUUGGUAAAAUGAGAUAUGUCAGUGUUCGUGAUUUUAAAGGUAAAGUCCUAAUUGAUAUUAGAGAAUACUGGAUGGAUCAAGAAGGUGAAAUGAAACCUGGCAGAAAAGGCAUUUCCUUAAAUCCAGAACAGUGGAGCCAGUUGAAGGAACAGAUUUCCGACAUUGAUGAUGCAGUAAGAAAACUGUAAAGACUGAGCCAUACCGGAACUCUACUGUUAUAGGUUUAAGUAGUCUUUUUACAUUGGCAUUCAUUUUCUAAACUAUUUGUUUUCCAAGCUAUUGUAUAUUUGGAUUGCAAAACAAUUUGUAAGAUGAGCGCUUUUUUAAUGUGCAUUAAAAGUGUAUUCUGAGUGAAGUUACAAAUGUGUAUACCUUUAUUAAACAGGUGUUACGUUCUCACAUCAUGGUGUAAAAUAAACACAUUCAGUUAAUACUGUGA